GCCCGGGCUCAGGUACCGAGUCAGGUUCAGUCUUCUGCCAGCGGCCUACCUGAGAUCAGUGCACCUGCCUUCGUCUGCUGGUGGUGCCGGCGAGGAGCGAAAAACACACUCACAACAAACCUCAUCGCACACACAGACACAAGAUGGUUCCCAGAGGAGCAUUAGUUUGCAUCUUUGUGAUAGUGGGCUCGGUGCUGGCCCAGCAGGACAACUGCGACCCCGACAUGAUCGGCUUCGAAAUGAUCACGGGCUACGUUUAUUCCUCCCCAAAGGACCUCCUGGACUCGAUCCCAGGCACCCUGAUGCUCACCGACUGCCUCGAGGCUUGCCAGACUAACGAGCAGUGCAAGGCGGUCAACUACGAGACCGGCCUUUGCGUCCUUUUCUCCAGCACUGCCGAUCAGCAACCAGAGGCUCUGAGUUCGUCGCAGUUCCCUGUGUUCACGAUCUACGCCCAGAAGAGCUGUUUCAUGGUGAAGCCCUGCGAAAGGGCGUGGUGCUUUGACAGGGUGCCAGGGUACACCCUUAAGGGCUACACCAGGGCGACCCACACGGCCUCCUCGCGCCAAGAGUGCCUCGAGCUCUGUCUCGGAGAGCGCGAGUUCCCCUGCAGGUCGGCCAACUACAACAAUGGCACCGGCGAGUGCGCCCUUUCCGACAUGGACCGCAUCACCCUGAGUGGAACCGGCGCCUUCCAAAGGGCGGGAACGGUCAAUUUGAAGAAGAAGAGGCAGGAGGACGACGUCCCUGAGCAGAUCGAACUCGACAUGGACUACGAUUAUCUUGAGAACAACUGCGUCGACGAACCCUCAAAGAUGUGCGACUUCCGAAGGGUUGGCGGGCGGAUUUUGAAGACGGUGGACGCCGUGUACCAGGACGUGGACUCUCUGGAGGAGUGUCGCGAGUUGUGUUUGGCGGCGCCGUUCAAGUGCCGCAGCUACGACUUUGGCGACACCGGCGAGAACGUGUGCCGCCUGUCGCACCACUCGCGCUCCACCCUGGGCGGCUCCGUCGGCGACCCCUACCUGAUGGUGCCCGAGGCCAACACCUACGAGCUGUGGUCGUGCUACAACGUGAGCGUCGAGUGCCGCUCGUCGGGCAUGGUGGCCAAAAUCCAGACGACCAAACUCUUCAACGGAAAGGUCUACGUCAAGGGCAGCCCCAACUCGUGCGCCAGGGACGUGAGCCGCAGCCUCGAGUUCGAGCUGCGCAUGCCCUACGACGACAUCGAGUGCAACGUCAAGCGCGAGGGCCUUGGAAGGUUCGGAAACGCCGUCGUCAUCCAGCACCACCCCAACAUCGUGACCAGCUCUGACCUGGGCCUGGCCGUCAGCUGCCAGUACGACCUGAGCAACAUGACCGUCGCCAACGAGCUCGACCUCAAGGUUCAGGAUCCCGAACCCGGCGACGGACCCGGACUCACCCACGAGGUUGUUGUCGACUCUCCCAGCGUCGCCAUGCGAAUCACCGAACGUGUCACUUCUGAGGACUUUGACGCGCAGCUGCUGCGCGACCCUGCCCGCCCCGAGGCGGACAUGCCUGUCAACGCCGGACUUCCCGAAGCUCGCGUCGGAGACCCUCUUGCCCUGCAAUUCGUCAUCAUGGACCCCGAGAGCCCCUACGAGAUCUUUGUGCGCGAUUUAGUCGCCAUGGACGGAGCGGACGGAGCCGAAAUUCAGCUGAUCGAUGAGCGCGGCUGCCCCACUGACAGCUUCAUCAUGGGACCUUUGAAUAAAAUGGGCAAGGUGCUCAAGGCCAAUUUCGACGCGUUCAAGUUCCCCUCGUCUGAAACGGUGCAGUUCCGCGCCCUGGUCACCCCUUGCAUGCCGACCUGCGAGCCCGUCAUCUGCGACUCGGAGGACGAAGGCUCGGUCAAGAGCUACGGGCGUCGCCGCAGACGCCGCAGCAGCGACGAGGUCAGCAACCCCAACGACCUCCUGCUGGUCCAGUCCAUCCACAUCACGGACACCUUCGAGUUCGAGCGCCAGACCGGCAACAAGACCCUGGACGGCGCCGUCGACAAGUCGGACCUGCUGCUCGGCGGCCUGUGCAACAACCUGGCCGGCUUCCUGAUCGCCGGCGGCGUCUUCGUCAUGCUGCAGGUGCUGCUGCUCACCAGCUGGGUCAUGGUCCGCUCCCGGCGGGGCCCCAAGUCGAUAGACGCGGUCAGCACCGACAGCCUCGGCAAACUCUACGACUCCGGCUACGCCCGCAGAUUUUAGAUUUUACUAAAAUAAUUCAUCUUGCCCGCGGUCAUUAAAGACCCAAACCGGCGAAUUUUUAAAAAUACCGGUCUGGGUUCUUUAAAAUCGAAAGAAAAAAAAUUUCUCCCCUUUUGAAUCUUAUCUGAAACAAAUUUCAAUUCUGACAGCAUGAAAUCUAAAAGAAUGUGCCUUUCGAACGGAGGUUUCUCCAUUCGAAUCAGAUAAUGUUCUAAACUCUUAAUUAAUUAAUUUAUUAAGGCUUCCUUAGAAUACCCUCCCGUAUCCUACACACAAUGAGACUUUCUGACAAAUUUAACUGACGACUUAUACUGAAAUUAACCUGUAGAAAAGGCGACUAACACAAUUAGUUAGUCAAAAGGGAUCAUUUGCUGUCCAACUGAUACAAAAAGUGUUUUUUUCUAAUUUAUUAAGGCAAAAAAUACUGAUAAUAUUUAUACGUGUCCGACUGAAAAUUGAUAAUUGCAGACGUAGACGGACUAAUUAGUUGCGAAAUCGAGUGAUUGUAUUUUAUUUUCUUAUACAUAUUUAUUGACGCUGCCGAUGUUGCACUUCUUCUUCUAUUUUAAUAUUCAUAAUUUGAUGAAUUAGACGCACCGUGUGAAAGUGUAUUUGGCCCGAGUUUUGAGUUUACGUCUCUCUUGUCUGUUUUCGCCGUUGCGGCGGCCACAAGACUAACCAGACCUCUUCGGCCGUCGCAAUUUUAGAGUUUGUUCAAACGACUUUUAAUUUUUACUAACUUUUGUUGGACGAUUCUUGCCGAAAGAAUCGUCCAACGAACACGGAAAACUAAUGGUGCCUUGUAUUGUUACCUAGUAUUGUGUUUAAAGGUGGAAUUUUGUGUAAAAAAAGAAAAUGUGAAAACAUUUCUGUUCAUUUUGAGAGGGAUCGCGAUUUACGAGAAAGAUUGCUAAAUGGUAUCAAGGUGAUGCGCCAAUUAUGUUUCAUAUUACUAACUAAGAUGCUAAUAAAAAAGAAAAAUAUUUAAAAAAAA